UCCAAUAAUUACCAUCCUGACCAUCGUCUCUCAAAUCUAUAAAUCUGGCCUCUCAGAGUAGCCGGGUUUGCCGAACCAAUUAGCCUAGCGGGGCUACUAAGAAUAAAAAAAUAAAUUAAUUCAGUCUUUCUUUCUCUUCCAAUUGAAUGGCUACUUCAUCUUCAAGAACAAGGUCAAACGGACCAGUCAUACGCUCGCUAUCCCCAGCGGGGAGAUUCCAUAACUCACAAACAAACAUGGUCUUAUCGUCGUCGUCUUCUUCUUCUUCGUCAUCUUUUGCUUCUUCGACAAGCUCGAGCUUCUAUUCACCAUCCUCAACUUUCUUUGAUCGCCACCAACACCACCACCGAUCCGCCUCUCCCACUCGCGUUAACCUCUACACUUCCACUCCUCUAAACCAAUCCUUUCGCUUCUCUAUUAGCAGGUCCAUCUCUCCUAACCGCUUCAUCUCCGUACCGGAACACAACAACCCUCUCUCCAUCCCCAAGAGGACUUGUAUGUGCUCGCCAACCACGCAUCCGGGCUCUUUUCGCUGCAGUUUGCAUAAACAUAGUCACAAUAGUCAUGCUAAUUGCACGGCAUCGUCGUAUCCCUCGAAUCGACUGAAUAUGCGGAGAUCGGCGAUGACCAACUCGCUUGUUCGGAUCGGAGGUGUUGAAGGAGACUGGGUUAAGAGAGCGUUGACGGCACUGAUUCGGCCUUCUUCUCAUCAGCAAAGGAGGAGAGCGGCUUUCCAACCGAGUCCGAGUCGGCUCUCAGUUAUGUCCCAAAGCUGAGGGAUAUUUUUAUUCAUGGAUUGGAUUUGUAUUUACAGCGUUUGGUCUUUUCCCAUAGUUGACGGUGCUGUUCACCGUUACCAUUACUGAGUCACUACAUCUGCUUUACGUUGUUUACCCAAUUGCUUUUGCGUUUCCUCCGGUGCAAGGUAUAUUUGUUUCUGCCCUUUUUUUUUUUUUUUUUCUUUAAUCAAUAUUUGUUUGCUAUUAUGCAAUUCUUUUGUGCAGUUUAGGUAACCCACAGGACACGAGGGUAUCGGAUUGGACUUGAAACAAAAGAAAAAGAUAAAAAGAAUAAGAACUCACACGACACAACUUUAGCUGACUUGCUUUUUAAAAUUGUGAGAAGAAAAUGUGGACAAGACAACACCAAAAGGGAAUAAAAUAUGGCUGUACAAACUCAAUUAAAAUUAGUUUUAGUCAAUAAUUUAUAAAUAGAGAAAAUGGGAGAAAGCUCUAGGCUCCGGGCGGAACGUCCGAUGCAGUGUGAUUGACGCCAUAAAAAAUGGCAGCAGACAGCUGGCUUAUUAAUUGGAAUUUGGAAACAUAGAAAGCAAACAACAGCCGGCUCAUCUUGACCUAACUCUCGUGUA